UCGAACUGAUAGAUUGGGAUCGGACGGGUCUGGUCUGGUCUGGUUCUAUCGUGGCAGUGUGUACUUUCAGUAUUUCCUCGUUGAUUGCAAGCGACGGAAGUUAAACCCUAAAAUUACCACAAAUUAAUAACUAAAUAAGUACGAAACGCACGCAAGAUAUGGAAAUUCGUGUGGGCGUAGGCGAUCUGAUGAAAAUGGGCACCAAGCUGGUGGGCCACAAGAUCGUACAAUACCGGCUGGCCACCAAGCAGACGAGGGUCAUCAGUACUAGGAACGGCCAGGUGAAGGGUCUGCGCCGGAAGACCCUCUACGACGAGGAGCUGUACUUUGCCUUCGAGGGCAUACCGUUUGCCCAGCCCCCGCUGGGGGAGCUGCGUUUCCGAGCCCCGGAGCCGGCAGAGCCCUGGCAGGGCAUACGCGACUGCACGUAUCCUCGGGCCAAGCCCAUGCAGAAGCAUUUCGUGCUGAGCAUCGUCGAGGGUUCCGAGGAUUGUCUGUAUCUGAAUGUUUACGCCAAAAAGUUGGACACGGAGCAGCCGCUGCCGGUUUUGGUGUGGAUCUACGGCGGUGGCUUUCAGAUCGGCGAAGCCUCCAGGGAUUUCUACAGUCCGGAUUACUUUAUGAAGCAGGAUGUGAUCCUGGUCACGUUUAACUACCGCGUGGGUGCCUUAGGUUUCCUGAGCCUUGCCGAUCGCGAUUUGGACGUGCCCGGCAAUGCGGGACUCAAGGAUCAGGUGUUGGCCCUGCGCUGGGUGCGGGAAAACAUCUCGCAAUUCAAUGGCGACGCAAAUAAUAUCACGCUGAUGGGCGAGAGUGCUGGAGCCGCCUCCACGCACAUGAUGAUGACCACGGAACAGACGCGCGGACUCUUCCACAAGGCCAUCAUGCAGUCGGGUUCCAUGUACAGCGAGUGGGCCAGCGAGCCACGUGGGAACUGGGCUUAUCGGCUCGCCUGCUCCAUCGGGUAUUCCGGCAGCGAGAAUGAAAAGGAGGUCUUCCGGUACUUGCAACGCGCCUCCGCCAGUGACUUGGCGACGCACUGCAUUGCUUUGAUCACGCAGGAGGAGAAGCGCAACUAUGUCCUGUUUGCCUUCACGCCAGUGGUGGAGCCGUAUGUGACCAGCGCUUGCGUGAUGCCCAAGCCACAUCGCGAGAUGGUCGCCGAUGCCUGGGGCAAUGAUAUCCCCCUGAUCAUUGGCGCCAACUCGUUUGAGGGUCUGUUCUCCUACCAGUCAACCAUGCAGGAUGCCGAUCACAUGCUCAGCGCCUUUGAGGCGCUAAUACCACGGGAGGUCCGCGACCAGGUGACUCCCGCGGAGCUCAAGGAUCUGAUAAGGGAAUUUAAGAUCUCGAACUUCGAUGAUGCCACGCGCGGACGGAUGGAGUUCAACGAGUGUCUCCACCUGCUGUCCAUCAAGCACUUCUGGCAUGGAAUACACCGCACGGUGCUCUCCCGCCUGGCCCUGGCCCCCACCACGCCCACCUACCUGUACCGCUUCGACUUUGAUUCCCCGCACUUUAAUCACUUCCGAACGGUGAUGUGUGGCCGCCAUGUACGCGGCGUUAGCCAUGGCGACGACGUCUCCUACCUGUUCUACUUGCUGCUGGCCACCAAGCUGGACAAGUCUUCGAUGGAGUACCGCACCAUUGAGCGGAUGAUUGGAAUGUGGACAGCCUUUGCCGCGAAUGAUAAUCCCAGUUGUCCGCAAAUAUCCCCCGUGAUGUGGGAUGCUUUGGACACCAAUGGUCCACAGAUGUGCCUCAACAUUGGACACAAUUUGGAGUUCUUUGAGCUGCCCGAAACGAAGCAGCUUCGUAUGUGGGAUAGACUUUACGAUAAGCAGAACAAUAAUGAAAUAACCGUCGUGCUUAACGAAAUGAAUAAAAUGAAAUACAAUAGUUCUUUUAUUCCGCCCAUUCGGGUGCAGACAGAGAGUGGCCCUGUGGUGGGCCGACGCCGCACAGCCGUCUAUGGAGACGAGUAUGUGAGCUUCGAGAGAAUUCCCUAUGCCCUUCCGCCAGUGGGGCGUUUACGUUUCAUGCCGCCGUUGCCGGUGACACCCUGGACGGAGCCUUUGGAUUGCACGGAGAAGGGCCCGAAGCCGUUGCAAAUGCACGAAAAGAAGUUUAUAGAGGGUGCUGAGGAUUGCCUGUAUUUGAAUGUGUAUGCCAGGAAGCUCCAUUCACCGAAACCACUGCCGCUGCUCGUCUACUUCUUUGGAGGCGGCUUUGAAAUCGGCGAUGCCACGACCGACAUGAACGGUCCCGACUACUUUAUGAUGCGCGAUGUGGUUGUGGUCACGAUAUCCUAUCGAGUCGGGGCCUUGGGCUUUCUCAGUCUCAAUGAUCCCGCCGUGGGCGUGCCCGGCAAUGCUGGGCUCAAGGAUCAGCUACUGGGCCUCCAAUGGAUCUCCGCGAAUGCGUCCAGUUUCAAUGCAGAUCCCAAUAAUGUGACGGCGUUUGGCGAUAGUGCCGGGGCAGCCUCUGUCCAUUAUCUGAUGCUGAAUCCCAAGGCGGAGGGACUGUUCCAUAAGGCCAUUCUGCAGUCGGGCAAUGCGCUAUGUCCGUGGGCUGUUUGUCCGAAAGCAACCCAAAUGGCGAGGCGGCUGGCCGACCAGCUGGGAAUGGACAAUGUGGAUGCCGCCACCGAUGCCAUGAUCUUGGACUAUUUGCAAGUCCAGCCGGGGCAUAGGCUGAUGGAGAACCGUCAGAUAAAUGUUUCUGAGCUCCUGGAUGGUUUUAUAAUCCAGUUGGGGCCAACUGUGGAGCCCUACGAAACUGAUCACUGUGUGCUGGCCAAGAAUCCCUCUGAUCUGCUGGCCACUGCCUGGGGCAACAAGAUUCCCGUUCUUAUGGGUGGCACCUCCUUCGAGGGUCUAAUGGUAUUCGGCGUAAUGAUCUCGAAAGACUUGAAAAGCGUAUUGAAAAUUCUUAAAAAUCAGCCUCAGCGUUUGCUGCCGUUUGAUCUCCAGCGGGUCCUGCCACGUGUCACGGCCCGAAAGUUGGGCCUGUCCGUGCAGGCGAUGUAUUUCGGGACGACCGCACCGAUGGAGUCGAUGGAGGGAGAGGUGAACUUCUGCGAAUACAUCAGCGACAAGCACUUCUGGUUACCCAUAAUGGAUGUAAUCCGGUCACGCCAAGACCCUAGCCUGGCCCCCACGUAUCUCUAUUGCUUCGACUAUGACUCGCCGACGUUUAAUCAUGUACGUAUCAAGUGUUGCGGGAAAGACUCGGUUGGCACAUGCCAUUACGACGACCAUUCGUAUCUGUGGUUUGGAAACUUCUCAUGGAAGCUGCAAAAAGAUAUGCCUGAAUAUCUGACCAUCGAACGCAUGAUUGAUAUUGUGACCACCUUCGCCGAGACCUCUGAUCCCAACUGCCAGAGUGUCCUCACGCAGCUUCAUCCUACGAUAAAAUGGAAGCCUAUAGUGGACGAUUUCGAGUGCCUCAACAUUUCGGACACUAUCAAAGUGAUGGAGGUGCCGAAUUUGAAAAAGCUGAAGAUGUGGGAGAAGAUCAUCAAGACGAAAUAUUUAUUGUAAAGUGCAAAUGUAAGGGCAUUGAAGUGUUUAAUUUAUAUAUUUAUA